AUGGACCCCCUGCGCGCCGAGGCCCGCGCUCUGCAGGCGGAGAUCGCGGCGCUGCGCCGGGCUUGCGACGACCUGCCCGUGCCCUGGAAGGAGGCGUCCAGACUCCAACUGUUAUUCCGAGAUGCACAGCCUUCGGGAUCUGCACGGUGGGGCUCUGCAGAAGGUCUGAGGGCUCAGGUUGGACGCUUAGAGUCAGAGCUUUCAUUUCUAAGUGCCCUGACCGGCAUCAACAUAGGAAGCUACUGCAGGAAGACGGAGGACCUCACAAGCACAGACAUGGCAGAGAAGGGUAUAAAGAAAGUUGUACAGAAAUACAGACUAUCAGGGAAUUGCCACGUGGUUACAUUUCAACUGGAGUUUCGGGUCCUGGAAAUUCAGGAUAAAGAGAAUUUAUCAUCUGUUGUUACUGACUUCAACGUAAUAAUGGAGCCCACAGAAUUUUCAGAAUUAAGUGAGUUUGUAUCUAGAGCAGAGGAAAAAAGAGAUAUCUUCAUGUUUUUCCGAAGUCUACAUUAUUUUGUGAAGUGGUAUGAAUUUCGUAAGCGCACAUUUAAACAUUUCAAGGAGAAGUACCCACAGGUCGUGCGGCUCCCAGAGGGCUCCGGCUCCCGCUACAUGAGCAUCUGCAGCACCAGGCGGCCGGGGUUUGCCUUAAUCGUUGUUUGGAGGAUUCAGAUAGAUGAGGAAGGGAGAGUCUCGCCCAAGCUGGAUCUCCUCACCCAAGUGCCACAGCAAGCUCUUGAGCUGGACAAAAACGGCGUCAUAGAGAUGGCACCUCUUAGCUUCCGCUCCCUGCUCAGCGUGCUGGGGAUAGAAGGUGCUGUGGAAAGCCUGAUAAAACUGUUCUGUGCGGAACGCAAGUAG